GGCCUAAUAUCGAUUCAUGAUGUAACUAGUCGAUUACGUCACUUGGUUAAAGCUCACAGGAUGAGAAAGCAAGAUGGCGGCCGGUUAAGGUGCACGUGUAGUUGGAAAAAGAAAGGCGCAUAUGCCUUCUACAAAGGGGAUUUCUAUUCCAUCUAUAACAGUUAUGAAUCGAGGAGAAGUUAUUGGUGCCCUUAAYCGUUGGAAAUGGCCGGUUGCUGGAGUUGCAGCUGCAUUUGUGGGCUCGCUGUACACGAUAGGUUUCGGUCAAGUUUUUCAUCAACUUUACGCCAGUGAUGUCGAAGAGAAAGAAAUUUCUGGCUCAUCCUAUGGUGUGAAAGGACUUCUGAAAAAGCUAAUCCAUGACUUUUUGMAGGGUGGAAAAAGUCCAGAAAAUCCACCAUUGAGCCCAAAAGAAGCAAGUUCAAUCAUAAAGAGGAACGAAAAACGCGUCGAUGUCAACUGCGGAAUAAUAUCGUUUUAUGACACCAAUAAUUUACCAUCUAAUAAUCCCAUGGAAGACCGUAACACAGAGUGUCGUAUACUCAAGACAAAUGGAGCUCUGUUCAGUGUUCUUGAUGGACAUGGCGGCUGGCAGUGUGCGGAGUCGGUGAAAACUCGUCUUCCCACAUACAUCGCACUUUCGCUCCUCCGGAAAUGUGAUCUGCAGAAACCAGAUAAAGAAAUCCUCAAAGAUGUACUCAUUUCGAGCUUUGGCACCAACGCAAGUACCGAAGAAUCCGAUCUGACAACGGGAUUUACUUUACACAAAAAGCAAGAAAUAUUCCAUACUGGACCGAAAUAUCUUUUACAGAGUWUAAAGACAGAGCUGAAAAAUGAUAGAAUACCAAUUGACGAAGCUUUGAGUCUUGCUUACUCACAGCUAGAUGACGAUAUUUCUGCAGAAGCAAUCCCAGUGAAGGUCUUGGAUGAYUCAUUUGUGGUUGGAGCAACAGGAGCUUGUGCUGUYUCAGCUUACAUCGAAGAAAACCAUCUUUAUGUAGCAAAURCAGGCGACUGCCGUGUUGUUCUUGGAAGCCAAAAAUCAGAUGGAUCAUGGUCUGCAACACCUCUAACAGCAGAUCAGAACGCUAGAAAUGAAGGAGAAGUUCAACGGUUAUGGUCAGAACAUCCUGGAGAAGAAGGAACARUUUUAAGGAAUGAGAGACUUCUUGGCCAGCUUCAACCRUUACGUGCCUUUGGAGAUAUUCAGUAUAAAUGGGACAAAGUUACUCACUCUCAUAUUCUAACACAAGUUUAUGGCGGUCCAAUUGUCCCUCCUAAUUUGUAUAGAACACCACCAUAUCUAACGGCAAAACCAGUCAUYACCCAGCAUCAGCUUAAAAACCAAGAUAAAUUUAUCAUUCUUGCUUCUGAUGGACUUUGGGAUUCUCUUAGCAACGAUCAGGCUGUGAAUCUAGUUGGACAGUUCYUGAAUUCUAGCAAUCAAAAUAAUGGUGAAGUAAUUGAGAAAAAUGCGGCUAGUCAUUUGAUAAGAAGUGCAAUCGGGGGUAAUGAUCAUCACUUUGUUGCACAAAUGCUUCUUGUUCCUGAACAGUACCGUAGAAUGUGGAGAGAUGACAUAACUGUAACUGUUGUGUUUUUCAAUUCAACAGAUUUUCACUCGCAUCUUUGAGACGAGAAAUGUACAUUUUGUAUUUGCAGUCAUUGYAGGGUUGCCCAUGAUUUGCUCAAGCAGAAAAAUUGAAUAAUAAAUUAUAUAAUGGAAAAAAAAUAUUGAUUUUAAAGUGGAAUGUUUUCUCAUUAUUGUUGAUGAUGGUCUUAGGGAAAAUCUAAAGCUUUGUUUCACUUCUAAAGUGAACAUGGUCAGUAAAGUCAUUGCCAUUCCAGAAUUAUGUGUAAACUUUUUGUGUGACUUAAGUGUAAUCUGAAUGAUCUUUCCCUAUCAAGAGAACAAAAAAAAAAGUUAUAAUCCUCCUUAGUUUUCUGUUGAACACAGGUGACUGCUUCUCCAAGAGUUGUAGCACAAAAGCUGAAGCUCAACAGAAAACCAAGAGGGAUUUUCUCACAGUAGUUAAUCACUCUACUCAAAAAUUUAAUAAAGACACGUGAUAGCUAA